AUGUCGGGCGUUGAGAGCGAGCUGGGCCACUUGUCAAAUGCCCUUGCCUCUCCAGCGCAGCUGCAGCACUCUUCCUCGUCGUUAGAUGGGGUGCCAGAGGAGCUCGAGAGGUCGGUUCGAUAUGCGGGCGUGAAGCUCACCCAGGCAGCUGGGGUGCUGCUUCAGCUGCCGCAGGACGUCGUGGCGCAGGCCAUAGUCGUCUUUACCAGGUUCUGGGUUGGGCCCGAAGGAGGCAGUCUGGCAGUCUACUCUGCAAAGGAUAUCUCUGCUGCAGCUCUGUAUACGACAGCAAAGCUCUCUUUUUACCCUGUAUCGCCUCGCUCAGUGCUUAACGUUUACACCUAUCUACUCUCCCCCACGGCCUCGCCUCUGCCUUUCGUCAACCCGGAUGGAGCGCCCGAACACCCCGAUCCAGAGAGCUACUACCUGUCCGAAGGCUUGUACCAGACUGAACGCCAGAACCUAAUGAAGAUCGAGUCUGCCGUCUUACGCACCUCUUCCUUUCACACAAGGGUUGUUCUCCCGCAUACCAUCGCCCUGACCUACCUGCAAACUCUCAAGGUGUCCUCUUCCUCCGUGGCUGCGCGUACCUUUGCACAUCUCAACACCGCCCUGUUCUCGCCUCAGAUGCUAUAUCUAACUCACCAACCGAAUGCGCUGGCUGUUGCUGCUAUCUACCUUGCUGCAAGGGAACAGGGCGUCAAGGUUGUUGACAGUGAGUGGUGGGAGGUAUUUGACGUUGAUCGAGAAGAGUUGGGCUUUCUGGUGGUUGCUAUGAGGAGUAUGGAUGGGUUCGCUACGGCUGAACAUGAGUUCUGGAAGGGCAAAGUGGUCCCCUUGACCGUUGGCGGUGUUGAGCGAGAGACAUCUAGACGUCAGCAGGCCACUUCUGCUGAAUCGUGA